AUGCUUGCCAACGCACUCUACUUCAAAGGAACCUGGGUAAAUCCAUUCCCCAAAAUGCUGACGAGUGACCGUGAGUUUUACCUUUUGAACGGUAGCUCUGUUCUCGCACCUUUCAUGACUUCCCCAGGUCCCCAAUACUGUCGUGCAUUUAGCGACUUCAAAGUCCUAAAGCUUCCAUACAAAAACGGCCGUGAUAGCGAGCACUAUUUCUCGAUGUACUUGUUCCUUCCGGAAGCCCUAGACGGCCUCCCGUCUCUAGUUCACAAGUUGGGUUCGGCUUAUGGCUUCAUACAGUGUCACGCCCCUUACAAACAAGCGAUCCUGACACCCUUUUUCAUCCCAAAGUUCAAAAUAAGUUCGGAUUUCGAGGCGUCUAAGGUUCUCAAGGGGAAAGGGUUGGUUCGUCCUUCCUCGCCCGGUGGUCUGACCGAGAUGGUUCGGCAGUUGGGUGCCGAAGAGGAACUUUUCGUGGAGGAAUUGUUUCAUAAGUCGUGCAUCGAGGUGGACGAGCACGGGACGGAGGCUGCUAGUGCUUGUGUGUCUAGGUGUGGGGAUUGUCGUGGGGAUUAUUAUGAAAGAUUGGAGUUUGUGGCUGACCAUCCUUUCAUGUUUGUGGUGAGGGAAGAUGUGAGUGGUGUGGUGUUGUUUGCUGGCCAAGUGCUUAAUCCCCUAUCUAGUUAG